UGACGAUCAUCCCAAACGAAAAACAUGUCCGGACAACAACCAGUGGAUGUGACUGAACUAAACGUUGCACAAUUACAAGACGUGCGAAAACAGUUGGAGCAAGAACUACAACAUCUCACAGCAUCUUACGGUCAAUUGAAAGCAGCCCAGGCCAGAUUCAGAACAUGCAUCGAAUCAAUCAAUGCUAUACAAUCACAAAAAUCUCAACGUGAACUUUUGGUUCCUUUGACCAGCAGCUUGUACGUUCCAGGAAAGUUGACAGAUUCGAAAAAGGUUUUGGUUGAUGUUGGAACGGGAUAUUACGUCGAAAGAAGUACGGAAGAUGCACAAAAGAUGUAUGAAGGAAGAGUGGAUUUCGUUUCAAAAAGUUUAGAACAAUUACAAGAAACAAUCACAAGAAAGGAAGAUAAUAUGCGUGUCGUACGAGAUAUUUUGGUUGUCAAAGUAUCGCAGCAGCAACAACAAGCAGGCGGUGCAGAAGGCCAAACACAAAAAGCAUAGCGUCAUCAUGCUCAAUACGAUCUACGUCCCGAUCAUAAUUGUACACUAGGCAAAUCAAUAUCAUCACUUUUUGCGUAAACGAAAC